GAAAAAUAAGAAAUAUUUGUGGCAUUCUAAACUUGAUUUUUCUCUAAUACAGACAUGAAUAAAUUAGUUCUUAGAAUUACUGGACUGUUUAUUGGUUUAAUACUAAGUGUUUUAUCGGAAUCAACUCCACUACUGGAUGACCUUUACUUAUCAACAAAUCUAGAUAAUAUUUUAUCCAAGCAAUUCAAAUUUUACAUCUAUGACCUACCAUCUUCCAUGAAUGCGGACAUUGUAAAUUAUGCAGUUCAAAACUAUGGAUUACGGAACUGUAUGUCACUGAGAAAUAACGGCAUGGGAGAUGAACUGCUCACCAUAGGAGAAAAUAAUGAGAUAUCAGUUCGUAACACAGACCAGUUUGCUCUGGAAGUUAUCAUUCACCAAAAGUUAUUGAAAAGUUCCUACAGAACAUUAGACCCAGAUUUGGCUGACAUUUUCUACGUUCCGGCCUAUGUUGGUACACAUUGUAUAUUUUUCAACAAAUAUUAUUUCACAAGUUUAAGUGACCAAUUAAUCAUGAACUUAACAGAAUUUCUACUUUCUCAAAAAUAUUAUAUAGAAGGAAAGCCUCACUUUUCAACAAUUAGUAAAAUUCACAGAGAAAUGUGUUCAGAGUUUUGCCCUUAUCUGCAGUACAAUAUAGCACAAAAUAUGACAUUUCUAUCCAUAGAAAGGGAAGUAACCCCAUCUGAUAACUUGUUUAUGAAAACUGCUGCUCAGUCCAUUAAUGUUGUUCCAUACCCUUCUUUUAUACACUGGGUACCAGAAAACAUGACUAAGAAUUCACUACCAAUUCAAAGCUUAGACCAGAGAGACGUGUUCAUAUUCUUACCUGCAGGAAUUAUUUGCCAAAAUGAAUUCAGAUGUAAAAUCAUGGAACAAUUUACACAUAAAACAAAUCAAUCAUACGAAGAAUACAAAAAUAAAACUUUGCCAACAGAAAUGGUUUUCUUUGAAGUGGCACAAUGUGACCAGGAAACAGAAAAAAAUUUAGUGUUGUGGAUGCAUCUUUCUGUUUUCUGUUUACAGCCACCAGGAGAUUCCCCGACCAGAAAAUCAUUUUACGAUUCAAUAAUGAGUGGUUGUAUACCAGUAACAUUUGGAAACCACUCUUUACAAUAUGCAUUUUCAAAAUAUUUUGAUUUUUCAAAGUUUACUGUAUCAAUACCUGUGGAUAUAGCUAACAAUGAUAAAGGAAUACUUAAUUUUCUGAAGGAUAUAGAUAUAAAAACAAUGCAAAGACUGCAUUCAAAUCUACUACAUGUUAUGAAAUACAUGCAGUAUUCAAUAUCAUCUGAUGAUAAAAUGGAAGAACCAGAUGAUGCAAUGAAGUUCAUUCUUGCAGAGCUAGCAGAUAAACUUAUUCCAAAAACAUAA